AAAGAGUUGGACACGACUGAGCGACUUCACUUCACUUACCUGUAUGUGUAUGUGUGUGCUCUGGCUUCUAAGCCAAAGGGUCAUCAUUCCUUUGUUCUUUUUCACAAGUCAGCUUCUUUGUGCAUCCCCAGGAGCUUUACUUUCCUUAUCCUUCAACUCCACUGAGGGUCCUAAGGGCUCAACCUGAAUUCUGAGAUGCUGCUUUAACCUUCAUCCAAGUCCUACGUCAGUAUUUCAAAUUUUAAAGUAACCAGUUCAAACAAGAAGAGCAACUGAUGAUAGAGGAAGACAUGUAAAGGAGGUAUUCUCCGGAAAAGGCCUGGGAAAUUUAUAAAUAAAUAAAGAUACAACAGGAAAGACCUUUGAGUUAAAUUGCAUCCUUCUUUGUGAAAAUACAGCUAAGGAAAAACUCAGAAAAUACAACUAAAAAACUCAGACAACUUCAUAGAAUACAGCUAAAGAAAAACUCAGAAAAGUAUUUCCUCUGAGCACAGACAUUGAUUCUUUAAGACUACUACUCUAUGUAUGGGACUCAGUUUAAAAAUUUGGACAUAACUUGCACUUAAACAUGAGAGAAGCUAUCUAAGAAAGAACCAUUACGAAUAUAAUGAGGAUGCUACAUUUCAUCCCAAUUUUAUAAUCAUCUGACCUCAGGAUAACCAGUGUGAAAAGUCUUUCAUCAUAAAUUCAACUUUGUUAGAUAUCUGAGAAUUAUUAUUGGAGAGGAACCAUCUGCAUAUAUUGAAUGUGGGAAAGCUUUCAUCCAUGUCACAUGUCAAGAGAUACUAAGGAAUUCUUGUUUGAGAAAAUACCUGUGCAUGAUAAGAAUGUUGGAAAGCCUUCGGCCUAAAUCAAAUCUCCUUCAGUGUGAUCAAAUUCAUACUGAAGAGAAACUAUAUGAAUGCAAUGAAUGUGGAAAAACAUUUAGUCUGAAGCAAAACCUCACAGAGCAUAAGAAAAUGCAUACUGCAGAGAAAUCACAUGAAUGUACUGAAUGUGGUAAAGUGUUCUCUCGAGUCUCAUCCCUUACUCUACAUUUGAGAAGUCAUACAGGAAAGAAAUCAUAUCAGUGUAAUAAAUGUGGGAAAGCCUUUAGCCAGAAAGGAAACUUGCUUACUCAUCAAAAACAUCAUACUGGAGAGAAACCUUAUGAAUGUGGGAAAGCUUCUAUUCAGAUGUCAAGCCUUAUUAAACAACAGAGAAAUCAUAUUGGAAACAAACCCUAUGCAUGUAAGGAAUGUGGCAAAGCCUUCAGUGGCAAAUCAUAUCUCUCUGAGCAUGAGAAAAUUCAUACAGGAGAGAAACCCUUUGAAUGUAACCAAUGUGGAAGAGCCUUCAGCCAGAAGCAAUACCUCGUCAAACAUCAGAAUAUCCAUAGUGGAAAGAAACCCUUUAAAUGUAAUGAGUGUGGAAAAGCCUUUAGCCAGAAAGAAAACCUCAUUAUCCAUCAAAGAAUUCAUACUGGAGAGAAACCUUAUGAAUGUAAAGGGUGUGGGAAAGCUUUCAUUCAGAAGUCAAGCCUCAUUAGACACCAGAGAAGUCAUACAGGAGAGAAACCUUAUAUAUGUAAGGAAUGUGGAAAAGCUUUCAGUGGCAAAUCAAACCUCACGGAGCAUGAGAAAAUUCAUAUUGGAGAGAAACCCUAUAAAUGUAAUGAAUGUGGAACAAUAUUUAGGCAGAAGCAGUACCUCAUUAAACAUCACAAUAUUCAUACAGGAGAGAAACCCUAUGAAUGUAAUAAAUGUGGGAAAGCCUUCUCUCGAAUCACAUCACUUAUUGUACAUGUGAGAAUUCAUACAGGUGAUAAGCCUUAUGAAUGUAAAAUAUGUGGGAAAGCCUUCUGUCAAAGCUCAUCUCUUACUGUGCAUAUGAGAAGCCAUACAGGUGAGAAGCCCUAUGGUUGCAGUGAAUGUGGAAAAGCCUUCUCUCAGUUCUCAACUCUUGCUUUGCAUAUGAGAAUCCAUACUGGAGAAAAACCUUAUCAAUGUAAUGAAUGUGGGAAAGCUUUUAGCCAGAAGUCACAUCAUAUUAGACACCAGAGAAUUCAUACUCAUUAAAGCUCUAUGAAUGUCUUAAAUUUAGGAAAACCUUCAAUAGAAGUCAUACUAAACAGUAUAUCAGAAAAAUUCAUUUUACAGUAAAGUGACGUGAAUAUGAAAAAACCUACAGCAACAACUCAAAAUGUAAUACACAGAAUUUAAUAACUAUCAUACUAUCAUGAAAACCUAUACCCCGAAUAUCCCCACAACAAACAUGUUCAUGCUGGACUUUUAGGAGCAUUCUCAUUAAGGAUCCAGUCAUGGACACUAAUCAACAUGGUUCUAGAAGGCCUACCUGAUAUAUUCAGACAAAGAUAUACAAGGUGUGAAGAUGUGAAACAAAGACCAAGUUGUCAUUUUUUUGUUAACAUGUUUUACUACAUGUAUAACCAUCAAAAUUACUUGCUCUUGAUACAGUAAUAGAAAAUAAAGAUUGUGACAGGAUAUUAUAUCCAGAAAUACAUGGAUGUUUGUAAGGGGAAUUGGCAGUUCAUAGAGGUGGUAAUCUCAAAUUGGUAGAAAAAUCUGGAUAAUUAAGAAAAUGGUCUCAGGGUAAUUGAUUCUUCAUGUGGAAAUAUUAGAUCUUUGCUGUUGUCAUACAUUAUAAAGUAUUUGUUAAAACAUUCAAAAGUAUUGAAGACUAGAACUCAAAGAGCAAAACUUAAUAAUAAAAGGGUUUUGUAGGAGAAUUUUUUUUUUCAAACUUUGGAGUAGGAAAGAAUUUUAAAAACACAUUUCAGAAUACCCACUCUUGAGUAUAUAUACAUAUAGUGAAGAAACUGAUACAUGUACCCAGGGAGUCCUGUAUCUUUAAUGUUCAUUGCAGCAUGAGUUAUAUUAAUAUAGCAAAAAAUUGAAUACAAAUGUCUGUCACUUUGGAAAUGGUUGAUAAAAUGUGAUGUAGUCACCCUGUAGAAUAUUCUCUAGCAGUUAACAAAUUAAAUCUAUAUGUAUUAACAGAAAGAUUUGAAAAUCAUGUAGAGUGAAAAUGAAGUGAUGAAUUUAUUGUAACUAUACCUGUGUGAGUUUGAAUUAAAUCAACACUAACCAACACUAGUAUUAAAGCAUUGGUUAUGGGUAAACAUUUUUAUGUAAAACUAUGAAGAAUGAAUUGGAAGUAUACACACUCAAUUCCCAAAAGUGGUUGUCUCUAGAAAGAAAGGGAGUAGAAGGAAAAUGGGGCCAAUAAUAGUGGUUGAACAAUACUUCAGUUUUGUAUCUAAAUAUCUAUCUCAUUAAAAAACAUUCCAAAUAAAUAUAAGAAAACAUUAGUUGAUUCUGGAUUGUAAUAAUAUGAGUUUAUUCUAUUUAUGCUGUUUCUUUUAAACUUCUGAAAAUUAAAAAAGGGAUAAGAGUAGAGAGGCUACAUGGAAUACAUGUUAUAAUGGACUUACAUUUCCAAUUAGAUGCAGAUAUUUUGCAAAAAGUAUAUUUCUGAAAUCAUAUCUUUAAAAUAUGAAAUAAAAUUUAAAAUUUUAAUGGUAACUGAACAAAUCCAUUUAUUUAAAUUUAUUCUCAAAUGUCAUAUCAGUAAUCUCUGUGGUCUCUGAGAUCAUGAUUUUGCAACAGGUGAUUGAAGCACAUUAAGGAUCAUAUUACUUUAUAAUACAUGCACAGACUUGUUAGAAAUAAUUAGUUUUUCAGAAACACUUAUCAGAAAUUUUAAUAGGCUACAUAACCAGUUCUGGUAUUAGAAAUUAGACAUUUUAAAAAUAAAGAAAACAUAUUAUUCUCUUUUUUGUAUGACACCAAGUAAAACAACUAUUGCAUUUCAGCUUCAGUUUUUAACUCAAACUAGUUAUUUUCUCUAAUUUGCCAGACAUAGUCAACUCCCCUACCCCACCUCUAGUUUGUUUCCUUGGGGAAAAAGGGAGAUCUCAGACCUAAAGAGAAUUCUCUUAUUAAAAGCAAAUCUUUUGGAGGAUUUUUUAUUCUUUCCCACAAUAACUUGAUAUAUAGAAACAGUUAAUGCUCUUUUUGAAUAGUGAUAAAAGUGAGUAUGUAACAUUUAAACCUUAGGCUCCUUUUAAAUAUAUUGAUUUCUUUUAAACUCAGAAAAAUACGAUGCUAAUAUAACUGUAGCACUGCACUGCUUGUUACUGGCAUUUUUGAAAUUUGGUUUUAAGAUUGUAAAUGCCAUAGGUUGACUUUGUGAGGUAAUGUAUCCAGGUAACAUAUAUGUGUAUCUAUGUGAAUCUAAAUAUCUUCUUUUCUUCCAUUUUUCAUUAAACAUUCUCUGAUAUUCCUUAAGUAUUACACCCUUGUGCUGGUACAUCUUUGAAGUCACAGAGCAACUAGGAACUCUAAUCCAGACCAAACUAGGAUUACCAUUCGGUGCAUAUAGUUGGCCAGUGCCAUGGCCCAGCAACAAGAAUGAUUAUAAUGGUCAGGUGGAGUAAGAUAGGCAGAUGCGGCAUGGUAUUCUCUGAUAGUGUGUACUGUGUAUUUAUUCAGCCAUCCUCCCUGCUGAUUCAACUUGUUACUAUUUACCAUGAUAGACAACACAAGUAAACACCCUUACAAGUGCCCCUUACAUUUUAGGUAUUCUUAUUUCCAGGGGAUAGAUUAUAGGCAAGAGACUGCUAGAUCAAAGGAUAUGUGCUAUUUUAAAAUUUUAGUAGAUGCUAUCAGUUAUUUUCAAAAUAAGUUUCCUCCAACUAUACAAUAGGUGGUAUUAUACUAAAAUUCAUGUUUGUCUGAUGAGUAUAAACCUCACCUGUUCCUAGGUUUGCUUCUUUGUAAACUUUCAUAUUGUUAGCCUAUGUUCCUAUAGGAUUAUUUAUCUUUUUGUCAGUUUUGGAGACCUUUUUCCAUAUUAGAUUUUAGGAAAUGUAUGGGUCAGUUGUAAAGAUACUUUAAUCUCUACAUUAUAUAUGUUAUUUCUUA